ACUGGCUAAUGAAUUUGAAAUUAUCAUGUUUAUUGUGCCUUUUAGGCUAUACUGUAGGGUUUUUAGUUCAUUGAUGAGGCUAUAACUAGGUGGUGGAGCAUUGAUGUAGGAGCCCCUGUUGUUGGGGUCAUUAUUUGGUUUCCUGAUGUUUUGCUUGGCAAAAAAUAUUUACAGGCUUACAUUCUAUUACAUUUUAUUAUAGGGCCUCUAACCUUCUCAUUUAUGUGCUAAUUGUUGUUGAUGGUCUCCGUUUAAUUCAUUCUACCCCUGGCUGCGGUAGCAGUAAACUGCGGCACAUUGUUGAUGAACUCUGUUCAACUCAACAGCAAAAACUAGCCUACUGUCCUGUUGAUAGCCUCCCUGCGUGCCUGCCUGCCUGCCAAACCGGAUAUUACUCCACAGAAGUGUCGUAAGGAGUAAGCUAGAUGGCUCUACCAGAGCCCAUUUACGUUUAGUAGACUCUCUCUGGCUCUACGUUCAAUCGGCAGAAGGCAACGUGGGAGUCAUGACAGCGUCUGCUCUGCGCGCACAAAUGCCCUGGAGGCGGAGUUGCCAGAGGAUGAGCUACCAGUGCUUCCACACCACCCACCGAACAGAGUCCAAGGAGCAUGUGAAGGUUCUGGUGCUCGGGGGAGGGAGUGGAGGCAUCACAAUGGGCGCCCGCAUGAAGCGGAAAGUUGGAGCCGAGAAUGUUGCCAUAGUGGAGCCAAGUGAGAUGCAUUACUACCAGCCCAUAUGGACACUGGUGGGUGCUGGAGCUAAGAGCGUGGAGUCGUCUGGUCGGCCAACGUCUAGCGUCAUCCCCUCUGGGGUGAAGUGGGUCAAAUCCAGAGUGAUGGAGGUUAACCCAGACAACAACUCUGUUCGCACAGACUGUGGGAAAGAGAUUUCCUAUGAGUAUCUCAUUGUGGCCCUCGGCCUCCAGCUCCACUAUGAGAAGAUUAAAGGUCUUCCAGAGGGGUUUGAACACCCCAAGAUUGGUUCCAACUACUCAGUAAAGACUGUGCAGAAGACCUGGAAAGCCCUGCAAGACUUCAAGGAGGGAAACGCUAUCUUCACCUUCCCUAACACACCAGUGAAGUGCGCUGGAGCUCCACAGAAAAUCAUGUACCUGUCUGAUGCAUUCCUGAGAAAGACUGGGAAGCGGUCAAAUGCAAACAUCAUAUACAACACGUCUCUACCCGUUUUGUUUGGGAUCAAGAAAUACGCAGACUCUCUGUGGGAGAUUGUCAAGUCUCGAGACCUGAAUAUAAAUCUCCGACAGAACCUCAUCGAAGUCAGGGCAGACAAGCAGGAAGCUGUGUUUGAGAACCUGGACAAACCUGGAGAGACUAAAGUGUUUGAGUAUGAGAUGCUGCAUGUGACCCCCCCAAUGGGCCCCCCUGAUGUCUUGAAGGGAUCUCCGUUGGCCAACGAGGCCGGAUGGCUCAACCUCAACAAGGAGACACUUCAGCACAACGUCUACCCCAACGUGUUUGGCAUCGGAGACUGCACCAGCCUGCCCACUGCAAAAACAGCAGCCGCUGUGGCUGCACAGUCCAGCGUACUCGACCGGACAAUCACCAGAAUAAUGAAGAAGAAUAAGCCUGAUAAAAAGUACGAUGGCUACACCUCCUGUCCUCUGGUGACCAGCUACAACACGGUCAUCCUGGCUGAGUUUGACUACAAUGGCCAGCCUCUGGAGACCUUCCCCCUGGACCAGAGCAAGGAGAGGAGGACCAUGUACUACAUGAAGGCUGACCUCAUGCCCCACCUCUACUGGCACGGCCUGCUCAAGGGUCUGUGGGGAGGACCGGGCCCAUAUCGCACCAUCAUGCACUUGGGGAUGAAAUAGAGUCCAGAGACCACAAGGAUGUCUUCACCCUCUGGAUGUCUUCACUCCCUGGAUGUCUUUACCCUCUGAAUGUCUUCAUAUCUUGAAGUCUUCACCCUCUGGCACUGGACCCAAAGGUCUCCAAUUCAAGUGCAUUCACUUUAGCCAUUGAGUACAUAGCUGGAUACAUAUUAUUUUGUUACCAGUUCAAAGAGAAUUUAUACCCCUGCAUUAUAUCAUGUUUUAGUGCUUGUUGCAAUACUGUUAAUAAUGUUAUGACAUGCCAGAUGUGCAAGAUAAGAAGAAAAAAGCCCACUCCCCUUCCCAGAGCCCACUCAUGCGAAAUCACACUAAAGGACAAUCACUGAAAUCCGCCUCGCCACCCACCUUUCCUCACCUUCUUUUGAUUUGGAGGUUUUCAGGACCAAUUCCCCCCCCACACCCCCAUUCGCAUCAACUCUAAAUGAACAUGUUUAAUGUUAACUGCAUCCUGUGGCACUGGGAAGAACCACUGAUCAUGUAAUAUGCAAUGCAAUGCUUAUUUAACAUUAGACUGAUGGCCAGUUUUUGAAGCUGCUUUUAGCUGCUUGUCUUUGAUCAGUCAUAUUUCAGAGGUCAGAAAAAAUGCUGUUCAAGUUUGAGAGAAAUCAACUCCCAACAUUAACACAGAUUGUUUUUUGAAAAAGAAAAUCACUUACAAAAACACUUACACUGAUUUUUUAUAAAUAAAAAAGAAGAAAGAAAACUGCUUCAAUUGACCCUCAAAUUAGCCUCCAGAGGCCUUGCCCUGUAAUCCCACUGGGAGAUUUGAAGUGUUCGACUCUGAAUGAAUGGUUUUGGAAUUUGCUGUUUGAAGAAUAAAAAUCUAUUCUAUAG